GGGAACUAUCUUCGGGUUUCGACCUCAGAACUUGAGUAACAACCCAAUGCUCGUUUUCUGGGAAGGCGAUUUUACGGGCACGGGCUAUGGCCAUGGUGCUGUCAAUCUUCUGAACAGCUCUUAUCACCUCGUGCACAAGGUCACUCUUACCGAAGGAUACUUCAAUACGGGACUGGAUCACGAGGUUGAAUCUCACAUUGACUAUCACGAAGGAAUCGUUGAAAAUGACAAGAAAGCUCUCCUCGUGGCCGCAGCAAAUAUCACUCAGGCAGAUCUUCGCUCCGUGGGAGGUCCAGAGGAAGGUUGGGUCAUUGACGGCUUGAUCUACGAUAUUGAUAUCGAGACGAAUAAGGUCCUCUUCCGCUGGAGUGCCGUGGAGCAUAUCGACCAAAUCCCAUUCAAACUAUCUCAGCGUCCGCUGCUGGAUACCGGCACCUCUGAGAAAAACCCUUGGGACUUCUUCCGUGUAUCCUCCACCGUCAGAUAUGGGGAUGAUUACCUUAUCUCCUGGGACUAUGGAUGCAGUGUCCUGCACAUUGCUCGCAACGGUUCGGUUGCUUGGAACCUUAAUGUAAGUGGCCUUUCCUUCUCCAUCUACUGUGAUACAAUUGAUGUUGAUAGGCGGCUAAUGCGGGAUAUUAGGGCAUAACUGGAGGUGACUUCAAAAUGAAACCCAAUUCGAAAUUCUGCUUCCAGUACGGCCUGCGCCUAGGAAUGCAUACUGAUGAAAAGAUCACCAUCUCUAUGCACAACAAUGACAAUUCAGAAUUUAGCAAUACAAUGAACCCUACCACUGGACUUGUCUUGGACCUUGACCUUAAAAAGAUGGAAGUCGUUGGACAGCGAAGAAUGUGGAACCACGAACACCCUAUCGUUUCAAGGGACCUGGGGAGCUUCCAGGCCCUAGGUACUGGCCAUUGCAUUGUACAUCACGGUCAGAUUCCGCUUAUCGAGGAGUAUAACAAAGACGAUGAGCUCGUCAUGCAAAUCCGCUAUGGACAUGAUUUGGUCGACGCCUCUUAUCGAGUCCAUCGAGUUUCCUGGACCGGAAUGCCUAUAACAAAACCGAGUGUCAAGGCAUGUCGCAAGGCGGAUAAAGAUAUAGUGGUAUAUGUGAGCUGGAAUGGCUCAACCGACAUUGAAUCAUGGAAGGUUUUCGAGGUGUCUGAGGGUAGCAUGCCAAAGGAGAUUAAAGAUGAGGCGUGGACCGGGUUUGAAACUACAAUACAGGCGCAGAGUGAAGCUAAGAAGGUUCUGGUUGCUGCGGUUGGCGGGUAUGGUAAUGGGGUAGAAUCUGACCCUGUUACGGUGGAUGAAUGCUGAUCUAGUCACUUGAUUUCAUCUUCUCUUUGACUUUGAAUUCCGUGCUAGAACUGAUCAUAAUGAACGGCCUAUUGGCUAUACUUUGACGUUAUAUAGUUGACACUAUCCGUAUACAUUGAGUUAUUGAAUUUUCUCACCAACUCACACUAUUCGGUUAAAACCCCAUCUAUGCAGGUAGAAGUUGAUUGAUGAUAACAAUACCGCGCUUUCCUGCCUUCAUGUAUUAUUACGAAAUAAAGUAUGAUUCGUGAGCAACAAGCGUUUUGGCUGAGCUGAUAUACUACAACAAUAGCACAUUAAAAGUGGGUGUCGUUGAGACAAUGGUAUAUAGCAAGGGCAAGGCUCUGGUACUGCUCAUAUGUACGCUAUUCCUGGUGACAAUUGGGGAUUGAAUUGUCCAAGCUAGAUCAAGUCCGUAGGAUGGUCCAGCAUGGCUAGGAACGAUAUGAGGUGAAUCAACAUAGACUGGUUAGUUAUCAAUCAACAAAAAUUAUCCCCAGCUAGGAUGUGAUGCUCAAAUAUUGCGGUAUCAAUUUAGUAAUGUUGGUCUGUCAAUUGUUUGUAGCGAACUACUAGCUAGGCGAUAAUCCAAUAAGCAUUCGGCAUAACAAGUUAACUAGUUAAACCAACCAAUAAUAAUUUAGUAUUCAUGAUACUCGUUAACUUUGUGUCAAACUUCAGCUCUGCCUACCAUUAGUGUGGGCUCACUCCUUUUGGUGUAGUGGCAGACUUCGACACUUUGUUAGUUCAUUAGUUAUAGUUAAUGAACCAAUGGAAAAAGCACAAUAACUAGUUAUUUUAGUGUAUUCAAGCUUUUGUCCUCGAACAUCCAGGGAUGACGACCAGAGAUAUGCAGAGUGUCGAGUCUACCCAUAAACUUCUCUUCAUAUCUUCAUGCUCUCCUCCCUGCUGCUGCCUAGUCAAAUACAAUACAAAGGCAUCUUGGACGCAUGGCUCUUGAUAAGGGAGUUAACGCGUAGCCACCAUGGCUGCCAUGCCUAGUGACAAAUGAUCCGCGAAAUGGAAGCCAGACCGAGAUAUUCAAGAACAGAAACCUGACGUCCCGGAGCCAACGUGGGGUACUAUCCAGUAUGCAUGGUGCUACUAGCGAAGGAUCCAAGGAUCUUCUUUCUCUUGGCCAGUCGGGAUUGAAACUUUGACAUGCAUAAAAGCGUUCAGAACGAGCAGUCUGCUGACAUUUAUAUUACUGGAUCCCCGGACUAUCUCUCUCGUUAACUCGCUGGUUGCCUCUCUGGCGUCUUGUUACUCUCGAAACUGUCAACUAGCCAGGAUAACCGAUCAAGAUGGCCUCUUCCAGCCCAUUACCCCUAAUUGGGGAGCCCCAAUGGAAAUGGAUUAUUCCGCUUAUUGUCACAGUCAUUGCGAUAUAUGUGAGAGGAAGCUAACUGUUUGGUUACCACGCCAAUCUAUAACCACUUGAAGGUACCCAGGAACUUAAAGAUCCCUCGGCUAACCAUCUGAAUGCAUCUAGAUUCCACUGGUUGCGGCGUACCGUCUGACGCUACAUCCUCUUGCGAAAUAUCCUGGGCCGCUCUGGAAUAAGCUCUCUGACUGGCCAUUUUUCUUCGAAGUCAUAGGCGGUGACCAUCAUCUGGAAUGUUUGAGGCAGCAUGAAAUCUAUGGUAUACUGAAUAUUUUCUUC